AUGUCUCGUUAUUACAACAUUCCAAACAAAGUUAAUCUACCUCUUACAUCACCACCAACAGAUUUUGAUUCAAUUUUUAUGUGUAAAUCAAGACCACCAAUUAUUAUUGAACAUGAAAAGAAAUCCAUCUGGCCAAAUAAAUAUCGUCAUUCAAACAUCAGUAAUGCACAAGAAAAUACACCUCCAAGGCGUAUGUCUACAUUUCGUAAAUUACAUAAACCAUGGCAAACAAUGGUUAAAACGAAUGUAACCAAAGCAGAUUCUCGACUUAUGUUUAAUUUUAUUGAUGCUAAUACAGAUUCUCGUCUUAGUUAUCUUGAAUUUCGUUCAUGGAUGCUUAUUAUUGAUCAAACAUUAGCUGAACAUGAAUUACUUCGUAUAUUUAAUGAAAUAGAUCGAAAUAAUGAUGGUUUUAUUCAAUAUAAAGAAUUUCGAGAAUAUUUUGGUGAUGAUCUAUUAACAAGUGAAGCAAAUGUUGUUGAAUUAACUUCAUUAUUUAAUGAAAUUGAUAUUAAUCAAACGGGUAGUAUAACACUUGAUCAACUUUUAGCAUUUUUUAAUCGACAUACAGCAAUGAUAACAAAGGAAGAAGCACAUAUUUUUCUUGGUAUGGUUUCUGAUAUUGGAAAUGAAAAUAGUAUUUCUCUCAAAGAAUUCCUAAAAGCAAUGCGUGAAUGGAAAAUCUGA